GUUUCAAUGUUACCUGCUUGUCGGCACGCCAGUAGUCAACAGUCGCUCUCUUUAUAAUGGUACUGAACUGACAGCCCCAGUCUCGGACGCAUGCAUAAUUCUGUCCUUCUAACCCCAUUCAUCUUACUCACCAUCGGAUAUCCCAACCUAUUUGACCCCCGUCGCACAUCCACACAAUUUAAUCAUGAUGUCCAGCGAUAUCUCUGCUACCCCGCGCCCCCGCCCACCUGCCAAAGCUCGUCGCACCUCGUCGGCGCAGUACAAAGCCUCCCCUCCCCCACCCUACUCGACUUUCACUUUUCCAUCUGCCCUUUCAGAUGGCGGCCUCUCUGAAGGCGCUUCCACCAUGCUCAGUUCUCCCAUCUCCCCCACAACGCAGCUCACCCGCUCACCCCUAAUCGAUAACGUGUUCAAUGACGUCAACUCGGCAGCGCCGGAGGAUUGCGUGAAUGAACGAUCCAUCGACGAGCUUUCUGACCUCCUUGUCAAGGCAGACGGGAUGAUCAGACACCGUGAGCGAGAAUUGAGUAUAACAUCCGAGCUAUGCAAGAAUUUGUUUAAUGGUAAUAUCUCUCUCAAAAUGAAACACGAGGCUCUGCUCGCCCGUCUCCCUCCCGGAACUUCUCUGACCCCCACCACGACUCCAUCGUCUUCCGUUGCACCAACACCACACUAUUAUACAAGCAGUCUCCCUCGAGCUAUACCUGCACCUCGUCGCCAUACACGUCGCAUCUCCGUCUCGCCCUCUGAUAUUGCCCUCUUAUCAGACCAGAACGCAGAACUCCUCUCCAAAAUCGAGAAGCUCGAAGCAGAGUCUACUCAUGCGGAUCAGGCUGGCAAGCGGCAACUGGGCAAGCUGGAGAAGGAGAUCCAAGUCCUUAGGGACGAACUAGAGGCGGCUCGUGUCCACAGUCAAGAACUCGAGGAACAGGCAAAGCUAGGUGCCAAAGCAGAAAAGGGGAGCGACGAGGCAGCGAAAAAGCGGCAGGAGAGGGAAGAGAGAGCAAAGGUGUUGAGGGGAAAGUCCGAAGUGGACAAGGAUAAUAUGGAAGACCUUGUGCGCGACUUUGCUCCCCCAGGUGGCUUGGCUAUUUUAAAAACCCGACCAUCCUCUGUUUGCGAUGCGCCGCCUCCGCUAGCUGUCUCCAUUCUCAGCGCGGAGCGUUCUGCUCCGUCUUCAAUCUCUUCGAUCCUCUCGUCCUCUCUCUCUCAAUCGCCAGCAUCCCCGACCUCGGCUCCCCCUGAAUACGCACUCAUCUCUCAGUUGCUACAGAAAAUUCGCGAAUUGGAGCAAACCAACCAGAAAAUCAGCGAACAGCAGGCGGCGACAGCAGUAAAAUUACGCGAAGCUCAAGCAGACGCAGAGACCAUUGGCAAAAUUUAUGCUUGCCUAGGCGAAGAGACGGAUGUAGAGUUGGAGGUCGUGGAGGAUGAUGAAGCAUUUCUUGCUUCUCCCCAAUCGGGGCUCUCAGAUUCUACAGUUCGGUUCAAAAGUCUUCGACGCUCAAUCGACAGGGAUCUCAAUAAGCUCAUCAUAGACGGAGGACUCGACAAUGUGUCCGACGAGUUCGUGCACAGCACACUCCAGAAUGGUGCCGCUCUGAAAAGCAUUCCCACCCACAAACUCCGCCGAAGCGUUGUUGGACUGUUCGAUCGUACUUCACCAAGGCCUGAGUUUGUGGCUCAAUCGAGCACAGCGUCAUCAACGUCGCCUCCUUUGUUGCGUCCCGAAUCUUUCCCCACAUGGUCGGCAACUAACAGCGUUGCUUCCUCGCCCGUCCUUUCCUCUCUCGAUCUGCUUACACCUGACUUUGCUUCUGGUCCUCGUCGACAUCCGACACUGGGUAGCGAGCUUGGCAGUGAGUACGGCGAAGAUGUGGCCGCUCAAGCCGACAAUCAUCACUUACGCUCAAGCAGUCUCUACGAUCUCACUCGCUAUACGCCGGAGCCAUCUCCGUCGCCCUCACCGGUGGAUGAGCCUUUGGAUCUUUGGGAAGAUGACACGCCUCUAUCAUCUGCCGGACACAAAACAGUGGGCAGAUCCUCUCCCUUGCAUGCUACAUCUGGACGGUCGACACCUUCCCCGUCUGACCCACCCAAGACCUUGAGGAGACCCGCCUCUAUCAGGAACCAGCUUCUCUCGCAGACCGUUCGUGCGCGCACCCAUCGUUGGGUGGAUCGCCGGUUUCGGGAAACCCUCGAGUCCUUCAGACAGGAGGAAGAGGCGGCAGGCGGCGACGAAACGAGAUCCAUUUCAGGUGCUUCCACCGUCACGAGAGUCUUCGACGUAGUCGACGCCGUCAUGGAGAAGUUUGUUGGCGCCGUCUCUGCGGAGUCUGACAUCGACGGAAAAACGAGCCCUUGGGAAAUCUCGGCGGGUAAACCUCAGUCUAGCUCGCUGUACGCGUCGAAGGGGAAGACGCAAGGGUUCGCAUCCUUGAUGUUGCAACUCUGGCUGUGGCUGCAGUUUUCCAUCAUCGUGCUAGUGUUUUUAUGGGCGAUGGCGAAGAAAGGGCCUAGGAGUGUGCUGGAGGAGGCGGAGCGCAAGAGAGCCGCGUCGAGACAUUGAUGUGGAUUGUAUUUCUUUGGUUUAUCUUUUCCCAGCAUCUGUACGACAUCUCAUGGCUGCACAUGUGACUUUACGAUGUAAUUUACGAGGAAUAUAUUGAAUCACAUACGACCUUGAUGCCCAC